AAUCCCUAUGCAAAUGUGAAUUUAUAGUUUUAUUAUUUAUUUUAAGUUACUAGCAACCUGCAGCAAAAUGUGGUUUAAAUACUAGUUUAAUUGCAUGUCCACUACCCUCUAAUAAUGUAUAAUAGUAUUUAUAAUUGGAUGAUCUUGGUAUAACUGCAGACUUUGAACCCGUGUGAUCAUUGGUUCCCAGUCUGAAUAUUAUCUAUUUUGAAUUAUAGUUUAAGAUAAAGCUUGUUAAAGCUUGCUAAAUAUAGCCUUGCAUAUGGUAAGUUGUUAUCGAUCAGAUGUGCUUACUGUGUUUGCUUUUCCCAACGUUUUCCACUAGUGAAAAAAACAACCUCUGACACAGUUUCAGGGGUCAUUUCAGGAAUCAGGAUACUGAUAAAUGUGCACAGCCCCUUUUUCUUUCACUCCGCCCACUGCUGAGGAACGUUCAGCACGGGGAAAAGCUGUUUUCUUCCUCGAAUCGCAAAAAGAGCUGAAGGAUGACUCGUCGUGUGGCUGUGAUUGGAGGAGGUUGUUCAGGUCUGACCUGUAUCAAGACCUGUCUGGAUGAGGGGCUGGAGCCUGUCUGCUUUGAGAGCAGCGAUGACAUCGGUGGACUGUGGAGGUUUAAGGAGAAUCCUGAGGCAGACAGGGCCAGCAUCUACCACUCUGUCAUCAUCAACACCUCCAAGGAGAUGAUGUGUUUCAGUGACUUUCCCAUUCCUGGACACUUCCCGAACUACAUGCACAACUCUCUCAUCAUGGACUACUUUCGGAUGUACGCUGACCGCUUCCAGCUCACCAAGCACAUACGCUUUAAUACAAAAGUCCUGCAGGUGAAGCAGAGAUCCGAUUUCUCUCAUUCCGGCCAGUGGGAUGUUGAGACAGAGAACAAGGAUGGCAAAAAGGAGAAGCACAUUUUUGAUGCUGUGCUGAUCUGUAUUGGACAUCACUGCCACCCCAACAUGCCACUACAUGACUUCCCAGGAAUUGACUCUUUCAGGGGAACGUACUUCCACAGCAGAGACUACAAGACUGCUGAGGAGUGGAGGAAUAAAAAGGUGGUCGUGAUUGGAAUAGGAAACUCUGGAGGAGACAUCGCAGUGGAACUGAGCAGAGUCACCAAGCAGCUUUACCUCAGCACUCGAAGAGGAGCCUGGAUUUUAAAUCGAGUUUGGGACAACGGGCUGCCCCUUGAUUUGGGUUUUAACAGAGUGAAUACUGCUCUGCAGGAUUUACUUCCCUUUGGUUUUGUCUGUAGUGUAGGAGAGAAAAUCCUCAACCAAAGAGUUGAUCAUAGUCUGUACAACCUCAAGCCAAAGCACAGGUUGUUCAGCCAGCAUCCCACAAUGAAUGAUGAGCUUCCCAACCGCAUCCUAUCUGGAACAGUUCAGGUGAAACCCAACAUCCGCAGGUUUCAGGGGUCCAGUGUGGAGUUCGAUGAUGGAAGUGUUGUAGAAGAUGUUGACCUGGUGGUGUUUGCCACAGGUUACAGGUUUUCCUUUCCAUUCUUGGCUUCACAUGUGGUCUCAGUGUCAGACAACAAAGCCUCUCUGUACAAGUUUGUCUUUCCUCCUGAGUUGGAGCGCCCCACUCUGGCCAUCAUUGGUCUGGUGCAGCCACUGGGAGCCAUUAUGCCCAUCUCUGAGAUCCAGGCCAGGUGGGCCACACGUGUCUUUAAAGGCUGCCUCAAGCUCCCCCCAAUGGCCUCCAUGCAAAAAGACAUCCAGUGUAAGAAGGACAUGAUGGCUAAAAGGUACGUCACCAGUCAGAGACACACCAUCCAAGUGGACUAUGUCAACUACAUGGAUCAGAUAGCAGAGCUGCUGGGAGUUAAACCCAACAUCCCAAAGCUGCUGCUGACUGAUCCCAGGCUGGGACUGUCUGUUGUGUUUGGUCCCAUUUCUCCGUACCAGUAUCGCCUCAGAGGGCCGGGGAAAUGGGCCGGAGCCCGCCAGGCCAUCCUGACCCAGUGGGAUAGGGUGGCUCAGCCCAUGCAGACCAGGCCCUGUAAUGAUCCCAAACCCAAGAGGUCCUUUAUGUGGCCUCUGAUUCUGUCAGCUGUUGCUGUGGGCUUAGCUGUCUACGUUAACAGAAACAACCUUCCAGCUUUCCUCCAGGAUCCAACUGCACUGUUGGACAAGAUGAAGGUUUACCUGCCUUCAUACUGAUGUGCAAUUUUCAUUGCAACACAGAUGUUGCUCUUUUUACACAGUAUUCACUAAUUUAUGCAGUUUUUACACUAUACUACACCAACCCCAGUAAUGGACAUAUAUAAAUAAAUAUACAUUAGUCAAUGAUGUCACCUCAUGGUGGUUAAACAUAUUCAACAUAUCCCACUGUGAUUACUUGGACCCUGGUCUGGGAUCUCUUACUAACAAAGUUAUAUUCUCACACUAGUUAUUGAAUAUCUAUUAAUCUACAGCUUUUAUUCUUGUAUUCAUACUCAUACAAUCUCCAGAUACGUGAUCUUUGCUUCUCUCUGUAGUGUGGUGUUGAGAUAUCAUAGUGACUUCAUACAGCGCUCAAAAAAUCAGAUGAAGUUGGAUGAUACAGUGGCUUGCAAAAGUA